AUGCAAGAGGGAUCGCCGUACCUGUACAACUUCUCCAACAUCAGAUAUGGUGAACCUCCGAUAGGGGAUCUUCGAUUCGCGAAACCUGUUGCUCCCAAAGGACGCAACGUCACAAUAGAUAAAGGGGAUGUUGGGCGUAUUUGUCCCCAGGCGAUGGCCGCUUGGGAACUGUACACUUCGUUCACAGGACCAGACUUCUUGGGUGAUCCCAGGGAAACAGAAGACUGUCUCUUUCUCGAUGUUGUCACGCCAAUUGAGACUUUCGAGAGCCCAUUGAAGAAACUGGCGCCGGUCAUAUUCUGGCUUUCGGGAGGUGGAUAUACGACUGGUGGAAAGGGCUGGUUUGACCCCGCGGGUCUCAUCAAGGCGAGCUAUGCGUCGAGUUCGGAAGGCUUGGUCUUUGUUUCUGCGAACUAUCAAAACAUCCAUCAGUUCGGCGGUGAUCCAGCUCGUGUGACUAUCAUGGGCGAGUCAGUUGGAGGCGCCAGUAUUCAUAAUCACCUGAUCGCUUUUGGAGGCAAGGAUAGGUCAACACUCUUCCAGCGGGCGAUUCCCCAAAGUACUGGCUGGGUUCAUAUCGCGAAUGACAAACUCGAGAAUGAUGUGAUCGACAAGUUCCUCGCUCUUGCAAAUGUUCCAGAUCUGGAAUCGGCUAGAAAACUGUCAACUGAAGAGAUUCAAGAGGCUAACAGGCUUCUGAUCACAACCUCUGCUUGGGGAACAAGUACGACAGGUCCAUUUGUUGAUGAGCUGUACGUACCAGAAAACCCCGAUAAGCUGUUUGCAGAAGGGAGGCAUAUACAGAAUGUAGAUCUGUUGAUCGGAUACAACGAAGAUGAAGGACUGAUCUUCACAUCUCCAGAGGCGAAUGACGAUGCCGGGUAUCGCAAGUUUCUGGAGUCGACAUACUCUAACACCAGUCCUGAGACACUUGACCACAUCGAGACGACACUCUACCCGCCAGUCUUUGACGGUAGCUACGGGUACACCAAUCAAACGGGUCGUGCCUCCAUCACCAAGGCCGAGUCGGAGUUCACCUGCAAAUACGGAUUCCUGCAGGCGGCGUAUGGAAACAGGGCCAAGAGUUACCGCUUCAACGUCCACCCCGGUCUUCACGGCAGUGAGAUGCACUAUACCUUUUACAAUGGUCCAGACCGGAAUCCAGAGGUUUACAAAGGCAUUGCUUUCGGGUUUCAAGAGCUUCUGACGAGUUUUGCGGCGACUGGAAACGCGACUUCGCUGGCCGCUCCUCAGGGGGUACCGGUGUACGGGGAAGAGAGGCGUAUGCUUUACAUCGGUAAUGAGGGCUUCGGUAUCGCGACGGAUGAGACUAUUCCUGAUCGCUGUAAGUUCUGGCAGAGUGGGAUUUACCUGUGA